AUGGCUGAUUCAUCCAUAGCCUCUACCGAUGUUUCGAUUGGUCGCACUCUGCCCUCAAAUACUCGCGAAGCUCUCCCCUUUCUUCUCAAGCAAUACCAUGACUGUUGUGCCGAUCAUGUGCAAUGCGGUACCCCAGAGUCAGCAGAAUUGAACCAGUACCCAUCAAGACUCCUUGAUGUUGGCCAUGAGGGUAGCCCGAUCAUACUCCGCAGCGCGAAGAUGUUCAGUAGUCAAGAAUAUGUCUGCCUCUCGCAUUGUUGGGGAAAUUCGAAGCCAUACACGCUGAAUUCGAAGACACAGCAGGACUUGGAGAAGGGAAUUGAUGCAGAAAAUCUGCCAAAGACAUUCCGCGAUGCUAUUCAUGUAACUCGUUGUCUUCGUAUCCGUUAUUUAUGGAUUGACUCGCUUUGCAUUAUUCAGGACAGCGAACCAGACUGGGAGUAUGAAUCUAGCCGUAUGGAACAGGUCUAUGCACACGCAGCAUGUACGAUUGCAGCAACUGCUUCGGGUAAUAGUGAUGGAGGUCUGUUUUUUGAGAGGCAUCCACAACAGUCAUUGCCACGCCUUCUAGACAUUCAUUUCAACCCUGAUGCACCCUGGCUAAGGAAUAAAGCUAAAGCAGUCUACCCGAUGGGUACUUAUUUGUGCGAUAUAGAACACAUGACCACAUACUGCAUCGAACGGGCGCCACUUAAUUCACGAGCCUGGGUUAGCCAAGAGAGGCAGCUCUCUCGUCGAAUUAUGCACUUCAGCGAUAGCCAGGUGUUUUGGGAAUGCUACGGAAGCAGAACUUGCGAAACCUAUCCGAAUGGCAUUCCGCGAGAAGCAUUGCCAUAUUGGUAUGAUGAUGCCACCAUGUUAAAGAGGCGUCUUCAUGAGUUCUCGCAACAAUGCGAUGCUUAUUCGAACGGCAUUAAGAUAAUGCCGCGCUUGGAAUCAGGCUUGGACGACAGGCUUUAUUGGGCUUGGUGUUCCUUUCGAGUACAUUACUCCAGAAGCGCACUUACUCGGGAUAGCGACAAAUUGGUAGCACUUUGCGGAAUAGCGAAACAAGUUGGAGGUGCCACAGGAGAUGAACUUGUCGCUGGGCUCUGGAAGAGUCGAAUGAUCGAGGAGCUAUGUUGGUUCAUAUUACGCUUUCCCAAUGAAAACCUUCCCGUCGAGCCCACAGAAUGGAGAGCUCCUACUUGGAGUUGGGCUGCUUCCAAUGGUUAUAUAUGGAUGAGUUCAGUGUCCAAGUACCACAGCGGGCACAAAAGUCGACACUUUGAAACAGAGCUUAUCGAUCUCGACAUCGCGACUAAGCUCUCUGGAGAACUCACAUACGCAUCCAUGAGAAUCAGGUGUAGGCCAAUGCUUGCUACGCUCAUACCAGACGCUGAAAAUGUGCUCGCUACAUACGAGUUUAAUUAUCACCUCGUACUGAUGGAAGAUGACGUGCAUCUAUCAGACGCAAAACUCGGUGGGAAGAGUAUGAAGAUUUCAUCUCAUGUCCACACGGAUGAUCCAACUGUUUGUGAGCCACAACAAAUUUACAUCAUCGUGAUUCAAAGAUGCUUCCAUGAAAAUCAUGUUGAUGACGACGGGAAUGAUGAUACACAAAACACAAAGGAGAGAAAGAUCUCAGGCAACUCUCGAGGAAGUGUUAGCAACAGUGACGAAGAGGAUAAACAGGGUGAAAAUGAUGAAAGGGAUACAAGCAUGCUGGAAGGUUUGCUCUUGCAAUCAAGAGGCAAUGAUUCAGCGACUUUCUCGGGGGUUGGAACGUUCCUUGUUGGUCUCUCUAGAGGAGACCCUGGGACGAUAUUCAAUGCUCACCUCAAUGCCGAAGAACGGAUUAUAACGCUCGUAUAG